CUUCAAGGACGAGGAAGCCAAACGUUUUUCGGCGGUAUCUUCGAUCGUUAUAAAAAGUUUAUGUCAGUUUUUGGCUGCAUUUGCAUCAGUACGCGUACAUUUUGCAAAAGCAUCACCCAAAACAUCUUCUCUACAAACAAAAAUCUCGAGAUUUAUCGUUUUUGUUCCAAGAACUUGUACUCUACGGAAAUAGGACCCAAUUUGACAAAAUUAGUCUACUCUACAAUGGCACCCGGAAAGAAAGUAACUGUCGUCGGCUGCGGUAAUUGGGGAACCGCCGCAGCAAAGACCAUUUCAGAAAAUGCAGCAAAGUUCGAUUUGUUUGAUGACACGGUCCGCAUGUGGGUUUUGGAGGAACAAGUUGAUGGAAUGAAAUUGAGUGAGAUGAUCAACACUCUCCAUGAGAAUAAAAAGUACCUUCCAUCAAUCAAACUCCCACACAACUUGGUUGCUGUCCCAGAUUUGAAUGAGUGUGUGAAGGAUGCUGACUUGUUCAUUUUUGUCAUUCCUCAUCAAUUUGUCAAGUCUACCGCUGCUAAAAUCAAGGCUAGUGGAAACUUGAAACCAGAUGCUGUAGCAAUUAGUUUGAUUAAGGGUGUUGCAAUUUUGGAUAAUAAGCCUGUACUCAUUUCUGACAUUAUUGAGGAGGAAUUGGGUAUUCCAUGCGCAGCUUUGUCUGGUGCUAAUGUUGCGACUUGCAUCGCAAAUGAGGAAUUCAGCGAAGCCACUAUUGGAUGUGCUGAUGUCGAACAAGCUCGCGUCUGGCAAAGAUUAUUCGACAGGCCCUACUUCAAAAUUAGCUGCAUAAAGGAUCCAACUGGCAUUCAGAUUUACGGCGCUAUCAAGAAUGUCGUUGCUCUUUCUGCUGGUUUCUGUGACGGUUUGGGUUUGGGAUCUAACACUAAGGCAGCUAUUAUUCGUAUUGGUCUCAAGGAGAUUCAUCGUUUUGCCGAGGAAUUCUUCCCAGCUGUCUCUAAAGACGUUGUAUUUGAGAGUGCUGGUGUAGCUGAUCUCAUUACUACUUGCAUUGGUGGCAGAAACGUCAGAUGUGCAGCUGAGUUCGCACGCCACAAGGGCGCAAGACCAUGGGAAGAGAUUGAGAAGGAAUUCCUCAAUGGUCAAAAGUUGCAGGGAGUUUCUACCUGCGCUGAAGUCCAUGAGAUCUUGAAGGCUUGCGGUAAGGCGGCAUUGUUCCCGCUCUUUGAAGUAACUCACAAGAUUUCCUUUGAAGCUGCUGACCCAAGCGAACUCAUCAAAGCAUUCUCAACUGAGAAACUCGAACCCGUACUAUAAUUGUUGGCUUG